AUGGAGCAUCCCGGUGCGGAGAGUCCCGGCGGCGGCGGCAGCACCAGCAGCAGCCAGGAAGGCGACGAGCCUGAGUCGCCCAGCGGGCCCGGGCCCGAGGAAGGAGACGAGGAGGAGGGAGGAGACGAGGAGGUGACGGCGGAGGCCGGAGCGGCAGUUUUCACCAUGAUGGAAGAUUGUUUGUUGAAGAAAAUAGAAAUCAGUGUCUCAGAGGCAGAGAAAAGAACUGGACGAAAUACCAUGAACAUGCAGGAAACGUACACUGCUUACCUGGUAGAAACAAGGGCUGUGGACUCACAAGCUGAAGGUCACUGUUCCCCCCCAGAUUCUCUCUGGAGACGAUAUAGUGAAUUUGAGUUGCUGAGGAAUUAUUUGCUAGUUAACUAUCCGCACGUCAUUGUUCCACCCUUGCCAGAAAAACGGGCAGAGUUUGUUUGGCAUAAGCUAUCAGCAGAUAACAUGGAUCCAGAUUUUGUGGAAAGACGAAGGAUUGGCUUGGAAAAUUUUCUCUUACGUGUGGCUUCACAUCCUAUUCUUUGUCAGGACAGAAUUUUCAAUUCCUUUUUAACAAAGGAAAGUGGAUGGAAGGAGAUGGUGAACGAAACCGGGUUUCAGUUGAAGGCAGAUUCAAGAUUAAAAGCUCUUAAUGCAACAUUCAGAGUGAAAAACCCAGAUAAGAGAUUUACAGAGCUUAAACACUACACUGAUGAGCUGCAGUCUGUCAUAUCACACCUUCUGAGAGUCAGAGCUAGAGUAGCAGAUCGAUUGUAUGGGGUAUACAAAGUCCAUGGGAAUUAUGGGAGAGUUUUCAGUGAAUGGAGUGCAAUAGAGAAGGAGAUGGGGGAUGGGCUGCAGAGUGCUGGCCAUCACAUGGAUGUGGACUCUGUGAACAGUGGUUGUCUUUUGUUGGUGGACAGGUAUGCGGCUUCUAUUGAUGACAUACUAGAAGAAGAAGAACAUUAUGCAGACCAGCUGAAAGAGUAUCUCUUCUAUGCAGAAGCUCUUAGGGCAGUUUGCAGGAAACAUGAACUUCUGCAGUACGAGUUGGAAACAGCUGCUCAGGAUCUGACGUCAAAGAAGCAGCAGUGUGAGGAACUGGCAACAGGAACCGUGAGAACAUUCUCAUUGAAAGGAAUGACCAGUAAGCUUUUUGGUCAAGAAACUCCAGAACAGAGAGAAGCAAAGAUAAAGGUACUAGAAGAACAAAUACAUGAAGGAGAAGAACAGCUCAAAGCAAAGAAUUUAGAAAGCCGAGACUUUGUCAAAAGUGCCUGGACUGAUAUUGAACGGUUCAAAGAACAAAAGAACCAUGACUUGAAAGAGGCCCUCAUAAGUUAUGCUGUGAUGCAAAUCAGUAUGUGCAAAAAGGGAAUUCAAGUUUGGGCAAAUGCAAAAGAAUGUUUCAGCAAGAUGUGAUGUACAGAACGGAGUCCAUCUUGGUGAAGUGCUGCAGAACAGAAGCACAAGUGCAUGAACAUGGAUAUUAAGUUGCUACAUUAUUAAAUCAUGGCACCAGUGUAAUUGUGAAAGUAGGGCACAAAGAAUUGGUCUCUGUUCCUUGAUGGCCACCUUGUGGCUUGUUUUGCAUGCAGUAGCAAACUGAACAUUGUAACUCAAAGGAAGGCAGUAGGGAAGGAUCCAAGGUGGCUCCAGUGAAUUACACACCAUACUUAGACUCCUGAGCCACCGAUCUUUGCACUGUAUAAAUCAUUUCCAGAUUCCCCUUCUUCAUACCUUUGUGUUUCACAUGUGUAAUGCAAGAAUAGAUGCUACUGUACUGUUCUGUUUCCCCAUCCCUCCGAAUCUGUGGCACAAAAUUGUAUUUUCAAAGUUUCAGCCAUUUCCAUCACUCAUCCAAUGCAUUAUGUUUCUGUGAAGAAAUGUUGUUUUUCUAAAGAUUAUCUUAAUCUUUGUAUCAAAUUUUUGAAUAUUUGAUACCCUCUACAAUAAGGACAUUCUGUACAGUGCUAUCAAUGUGAGGUUUCUGUGCUAGAAAUUUAGAACUGAUAGGACUCCUUUUUGAGAAUUUUUAUACUUGCCAGCACACAAAGCUACAUAAUUAGCUAGCAGGUACUGCUACUGACCUCAGUAAAAUUCUUAAAACCAGCUUUAAAUUUACUCUUUCGCUUCCAUUACAUUAGGAGUAUUUGGUGUAUAAAAAUGUACCUAUUGAGCACCAACAGAGGUGGUUUCCAGAUUGGUACUAUGACUCUGGCAUGGUUUUGGUUUGUGCUUGCAGCAACAUAGUUUCGAAUUCCAUUUACAUGUCUUAGCAUUAAUUCUGUUUAGUGAAGUUGUUUUGUCUGUCUUGUUUACAAACAAAAUGAAUAGAAUUGAUUGUGUGCUGGCCACUGGUACCUGAUGUUCAUGAACAAGGUCUCUCUGGCUCAUUCUGCUGAAUCUGAAAAGGCCAUUGAUGAGAAAGAGCUUGCAUUCUCAUUUGGCACCUUAGCAUAAUAGUGUUUUAAAAUGUCACUUGAGCUAAAUAUGGAAUCAAGGCAGAAGUACUUGCAAGAAAACCGCUUUGAGAUUCAUGUACUUCUUUCUAAAGCACACAUUUGUUUUGGAUAAUAACACCUUAUUAUACACACCGGAAAGAACCUCUUCAAAUGCUCAUUUCCAGAAUCAAAUGUUGUUUCUUGGUGUGAUUAUAAAACUAGGUUUUCAGAGAAAACAUUUCCAGCUAUACUGAUGCAUCACUUGAUUUUUUUUUCUUUGAAUGCCUAGUUCUAGCUUCUCUGCUUAAAGUAGAGAAGCUAGUAACAGAUAUUCAUUUAUGCCCAAUCAUUCCAUUUCUAAGAACUAAAAUCUAGGUCCUAAAGCUGGUAGAUUAAAAAUUUGUACAUUCCAAACACAAUAAGCAGCUACAAAUGUAGGUUUUCUAGUAAACUUCCUAGAGUAGUCGUGCCUUAAUUUAAUACCACUGGGCACUUGGAGUCAAUAUUUUCCAUGCACUUGAUCUUCCUGGUGCCUUCCCGCCCCCAAGCCCUGAUUUCGUAGGCUGUAUAACUUAAAUGUAUUAGUAUGCCUUUUCUUGCUAACUGUAUUAAAUUUGAGAAAGGAUCAAUAGGUUCUUGUAUGCUUUGUGCCAAAUAUGCUAAAUAAAAUUACACUUUAUUA